CAGUGCGCAAUGUGUGCCCAGCGGAGCAACAAGGCCCAGCAUGGACGUCGGGCCUUGUGCCUGCCCCCCUCCUCGGUGGGGAGCAGCGUUGGGGGGGACGCGCUGGCUCCGGCGGGGGCGGGGGCGGGCGCGGGUGCGGGGGCGGGCGCGGGGGGCGUGCUGGCCUUGCCCGGCCCCUCCCUGCUGACCCGCCACCUGCUGGGCCUGCGCGGGUGCAAGCGUCACCUGUCCCCCGGGAAGCGGCGGAAGCGGGAGAUGACCCCCGCCGAGAAGAAGGACGCCUCCUACUGGGACAAGCGGCGCAAGAACAACGAGGCGGCCAAGCGCUCGCGGGAGAAGCGGCGCCUGCAGGACCUGGUGAUGGAGGGCCAGCUGCUGGCGCUGAGCGAGGAGAACGCGCAGCUCCGGGCCGAGGUGCUGUCCCUGCAGUGCCACGUCGGGCUGGGCUGGGGCCCCCUGCCCCUCCAGGACGCCCGCCCCCCGCCCGCCCCCUCGCGCUACCUGGCUGCCCCCGGCUCCUUUCAGCCCGGCCUCCUGGGCCUGAGGGCCAACUCCGCCGCCCUCCUGCAGGAGCCGUGGGGCCUGGAGGAGCUCCUGCACGGGGCCCGGGUCUCGCCGCCGCCCGACGUUUCGGAGCCCGGUCGGGCCUCCCCGGGGCCCCCGAACGGCCUCCUUCAGAGGAAGGACCGCCCGCCGAAACGCCGUCCGGGGGUGCCCGCCGCGCCCGACUCCACCCCGGUCGCCAAGCCGGACAGACCGCCGGGGGCGGCAGGGGGCGGGGCAGCCGAAUCGGAGAACGCCGCGCCCCUGGUGUCCUCCAGCAGAGAUCUCCCGGGAGAACGGGACGUCCCGUCCACCUCCAAGCGGUACCACCUCCCUCCUCCUUCUCCUCCUCACCUCCAACCCCCCUCCCUCUGUUUCCCCGCCCCCCGGCUCCCCCCGCCCAGUUGGCUGUUGCCCGGCUGGGGCCACUCGGCGGUGCAUGGCAACCUGAUUCUGCCCUGGGGCGCUCCCUGCCUGCACCCAAGCCCCCUUUACCCGAACCUGCCCCCGGAGAUGCUCGAGAAGCACCGGAACUACAAGAGCACCAUCGGCGCGUGGUCCGCAGAGGUGGCGCACCUGAGGAGGUACUUCAGUUCGGAUAGCUCCCUGACAGCACACACCUAAACCAGGCCCGGGGCAGGCGCAUCGGCCGAAAAACUGUCACCGUCAGCCCGUGCGUGGGUUCGUUCAACCUGAACACUCGGCCCGAUUCAAUCUCGAGGCUCGUUUGGGAGCGCCUCGGUUCUCGCCUGUUACUCGCCCUGUGCUUGCGGUGCUUUGCUGAAAACCCCCCUUUUCCGGAGAACACAGCUUACAAAAUGGACGCUCGCCAUUGCGCCUUGGUUGUGCUCCCAUUCACUGCUGUUGACUCAGCUGCAAUGAUGGGAUUUUCGAAAAGUGCUGGGUCAUACAGGCACUGUCCUAGUUUAGUAUUGCUCUAUGCUCAGUGCCGUUGCUGUAGGAAAAUGCUUUAUACAAAAAUUGUUAUGCAUCAAGGUGUUUCGACUCUUUUGAUAUUUUAUUGACUGUUAUGCUUUUCAUAACAUCAAAAUUUUGUGAGGGGAUUUCUUGUCUUGUCGCAUAAUUUCAUUAAUAUCAAUUUUGAGGUAGAUAUCGUUCAGAAAUGCAGCUUCAUUUUGGAUACCCUGUGAAUAUGCUGUGGUAUGUAAAUACUGAAGAUGUAUUUUACCAGUUUGGAUUUUAUUCUAUUAAUAAAAGGCUUCAAUAUUCA